AUGAAUUUCCUUAUUUACAUCCACUGUCUUCUAAACUUCUUGAGGCGAACCCGAAAGCCCAAUCGUGCAAGAAAUGCUGGCCAUGGUCACAGUGUUGCUUCAUGCCCUGCCAUCCCCGCCCACCAGCAGCCUAGCAAGUGUAGAGAGGAAUGCGGCCAGAAGCGUCAGAGGCCUCAUGGCGAGUCACAGCAGUGGAGAAAGCCAUUCAGGCGCUAUGGGUUCAUCACCUCUGAAACACUUGAUCGCGACGUGUUCGUCCAUUCGUCAAAGAUCUUGCCCAACAAUCCAACGAUCCUGUCAACAGAAGAUGAAGUAUCCUUCUUCCUGGCAUACGAUGAUGCAAAAGAUAGAUUGUAUGCCGAGAAGGUCGAAUUACUCGGUGAUCGAACGAUGUUCAAAUGUUUCAGCAUGUCACAGCCUUUUGCCAGUUUGCUGAUGAAGAACCAUAAGACGAUUGAAAGUCGCAAUUCAAACCUUUUCUUUCAAUCUAAAGGUUUGUUUGCGUUGCAUGUAGGCCGGAAACCAUGGAAGGAUAGCAAGUACAGGGACGUCCUGAUCAGCCAAGGUCUUACAGCAAGUCAGAUUUCGGAUCUAUGUAGCUUGCCAGACGACUUUGCACCAGGUGAUAUCGUAGGGAUAGUCGAACUAGGAGAAACAUGGCUGGGAACCUACGAGGAAAGAGGACAACCCAAGAUUGAAUCUGCGGUUGUCGCCGCCAGAGAGGACAUGGGCAAAUUUCUUACCCCGAUACUUCGCACUUACUGGCUGAAAAGACCUUUGACUGUUCCAGGCAAACCUGGAAUAUGGGAAGUGAGCAUACCCAACCAACUGCUACCUGAUGAGAUCGAAUGA